AUGAGCCAUUCUACUAUUGGAACGUCCAGUUUUCUGCUUUCCAAGUAUUCUCGCUCUUAUCCAGUGAAAAGAACCCUUGGCCAAAAAGCGCAAAUACCAUCACAAGCUGGACCCGAGACAACAGCGGAAUGGCAACACUUCACUAACCCAAUAAUACGUCUCAUCCUGGAUGUGAAGAGUACCGCCGACUCUGAGAUAGAAUCAGUGAAACUCCGCAUUCUUUGGGAGUUAAACUAUGGCAUUGAAAACGGUGCAAAUCAACAGGAUGUGGAAGACUUGGAGCUUCUCUCUUUCUCAGCUCUUGCUUCAGGGGCUCCUCGCAAAAAUCAGUCGGAAGGAUUACCUCUUAAAGCUGUCUACCGCGAUACUGUGGUUGGAAUAAGAUACCUGCAUUCGCGCGAAGACGGUGUCCCUGUGCCCUCACACGCUGCUGAAUUCAUUGAAAUGAUCAAGCCUGUUUGUCCCUGCAAAUUGAACCCCAUGGUGUUACCUCCUUUACCAGUACCUUCACAAAUCCCUGCUUUGGCAAACCGAACCACUACACAAAAGAACCUGACAAGUGUUCCAAGCGCAUCCACCUUACCCAAUCGUGCACCCUCUUUUGCUUGUCCUCUACCUGCGUUGCCUGUUGCUCCUCAGGCCCAAAACGUUAUCAGAUAUACCACACCUUUUUUAAACCAAAAUCAAGCCAGUACACAAACUUCUUCUCCGUUAGCAUUGCAUAUAUCAUCAGACAGGAUGUUAUUCCAAGCUCUGGACGCUCGUAGCACUGAUGAUCAAUACCCUUUACAAAAUACACCUAUGCACGACCACAUACCCACAGCCAUCAACUCCUCAGCUCCCCAACAAGGCAUAGUGACUCCUGGGCCCCAAAAGCCCAACACCACGAAAAUAUCCACCGCAUUUAGCCUUGGACAUCUUCCAAGUUCUUCUCUUCCAUCACUCCCAACUCCAAGCUCAAGUAAUCCGGCAAUAAAUGGACUAUUACCUGCUCAGAUUAACAUUGCUGAAUGUAGAACUGGAAGCCAGAUUUUUCAAACUGUCUGUGACCAAACUUCCCUUUACAAUAUGUCGAAUUCCGCACUUGAGCGGUUCGUCGGUGAAAUUAUUCAUGAAGAAGGAUUUAUACAGCUGGCAAGUUCUGUAUAA